AAACAUAUGCAGACAAAGUCCAUUUAACGUCGCUAAAAAAAAAGGUGGUUUACAGCUUCUGUUCUCUACAGUCGGGGAUGAAUUGGAGAUGAAUUGGAGAUGAGCUUGUCAAUACUGUUCAAAGACAAAGAUCCGCGGCUGUGAUCAGAAUUACAGGUGCACGAUAAAAGACAGGAGUGUGGUUAUUGUAAUAGUAUGAUUCAUUCACUCCUAAAUGCACUUUAUUUUGCUCUGGUUAAUGCUUACAUCAGGCGGAGUGUUUUUUUUUUGAAAGAUGAACCGUUUUGCCAUGUUGCAAAUAUAUUUAGAUUUUAUAAGAAACCUUAGUUUUUUUUUAAUUCGUGAUUCUUUUGCAACCAAAUUCCUCCUAUUUCAAGGAAAUAAGGGUUUCUAUAGGAAACAUAAAAUCUACGAUUGUCUUGCCAUGGUGUUCCUCUUUUGUCAUUUUUCCUGUCUGUUUGCAUGAUGUCAUGAAUGUCCAAUUAUGCUGCAUGUGAACAAGUAAUGCAUGCAGGCUAAAGUAUCAUCUCCCUUUUUGCCCACUUUUAAAGCUAAUAAUGUUGAGCAACUUCAUAAAAGAUAUUCAACAAGGUCACUGCAGGAUCUGGAUCUGUGUGACCAUCAUUCCACCUCGUAGUAAACCCCCCUUGUCCUCCCGCUUUAAGCCUCCAGGUGAGGCACAUAGGAACAGAGGGAGAAAGUCGAUACAGGCGACUCAGCCGGGGGCUGACAGGGCUGUCAGCGGACCAGAGAGGGAAGCCCGAGACAUUAUCUUUGAUGGCACUAACGCUCAAAUGGGUCCCUCAAUUAUUUCUGCUGGGGGGGGGCUUUGCUGCCUCGCAACUGCUCCUCAAACCGAGGUCCGAUGGGCUGUGUUUAGCGGGUGAUAUCUCCCAAUGAGGGAUGUUGGCGAGGGUGGAAAAGAAAACAACGUCCGACUCUGCUUCUCGUCUGCUCGUCUUCAUUUUCCGAGUCUAUGGCAGGGUGUCAGUUAGAGGAUGGCAGGAGCAGAGUUGCUCAUGACCCCCUGGGAAAUUAAGCAGAGAUUCGGCCAAGCAUUUUGUGAAAUGGUUACCAGUCUCUCUCUCUCUCUCUCUCUCUCUCCCUCUCCCUCCCUCCCACCCUGUUAGCCUCUCAUUCUGUGCUGCUCUCAAUGCAUGUGUCACGCAGUCUUACAUAUCUGCAAAGCUGUGUUUGGCAGAGUUGAUGCCACGCUCCUCUUCUCUGCUACAUCAUCCCUCCCAGCCUCCCGUCGUCCCACACCGGUGCGAUCCUGGACCUGGCCUUGGUGUUGGCAGAGCGAUGAAUAAUGUGCAAGGCCAAGCCAGAACCUGCAGACCGGCUGGCUGGUGGAUCAGGAGCUUCUGUUUCCCAACACACACAGAGAUCAGAAAACCCCCAUCAGCUUCAUUUUCAUUCAGUGUUCCCUUCUCACUGGCUGAGCAGCCAUGUGUUUGCCUUCAUUUAUGUGCGUGUGUGUGUGUGUGUGUGUGUGUGUGUGUGAGAGAGCUGCUGGUCACCUGUGCUGCCACUUGCUGUAUUGUGUUGGUGAACUAUCAGCUCCUGUUGCUCCACAUUUAACUCCUCUUUUAAGUCAUUCUGCAGCCUUCUGCUCCCUCAUGCAUAUUGCAGAAAGUCUCUGUGUUUGUCUCUCCGACUGUCUCCCCCCUUCUUGUAAGUCUGUUUUCUCUCUCCCGUCUUGCUCCGCUUGGACUCCGUCACUCCUGCGCCGGAUCCGGCAUGGGGUCUGCUGUUAACGCCAUUGUUCUCUGAAGAGGUGUUCCUUUCUGCGCUAUUACCAGUUCACUGCCCCCCAUUUUCACAUCCUAUAAUAAUAAUGCGCCUUUUCUGCCCGGCUGCUCUCAGCUUAGAGCAGACACUUGUAGCGGAAGACGCGAAUGGGCGAGAAUUCAAUUUUUGCACUUGACCGUGUCCAAGCAAAGGGAAUGGGAAACUGUGUGUUUUGCAAAAGGUGCAGCAGGAUGCAGGGCGUCCUGCCUGUGUGUGGACUGCAGCCCCUGCUGGCCCUCCUUCUGCUCCAGACCGCGGGCUGUGGCGGCGCCAACGCCGACACUGUGGUGAAUAUGCGGAAGGUGACCCAUCAGACCAUUAGCGAGGAGCUGUCCAAAACCGUUCUCCUGCCCUGCCUCUUCACCCUCCGCCCCGGUGCCAGUUCAUCCCAUGAGCCCCCCAGGGUCAAGUGGACCAAGGUCUGGGGCCAGAGAGGCUCCGACGGCCUGCAGAAGGAACAGUCGGUACUGGUGGCCAAAGACAACGUGGUCAAGGUGAAGAAGGCCUUCCAGGGUCGUGUGACGCUGCCCGGUUACAACGGCAACCGCUACAACGCCAGUCUGGCUCUGUCGGGGCUACGUUCCAGCGACUCUGGGCUGUACCGCUGUGAGGUCGUGGUGGGCAUCAGCGACGAGCAGGACACAGUUCCCCUGGAGGUCACAGGUGUGGUGUUUCACUACCGGGCCCCCCAUGACCGCUACGCCCUGUCCUUCGCCGACGCCAUGAGAGUGUGUUUGGAGAACUCGGCCGUCAUCGCGACGCCGGACCAGCUGCAGGCCACCUUCGCCGAUGGAUAUGACAACUGCGAUGCCGGCUGGCUGUCUGACCAGACUGUACGGUAUCCCAUCCAGUCGCCUCGGCCUGGUUGCUAUGGCGAUCGCGAGGACUCACCUGGAGUCCGUAACUACGGCGAUAGGUCCCCUGACGAGCUGUUCGAUGUCUACUGCUUUGCUAAGCAGCUUCAAGGUGAAGUCUUCCACUCCUCAGUGGCGAACAAGUUGAGCCUGGCUACGGCCUCCACCCACUGCCACUCCCUGGGAGCCCAGCUGGCCACCGUCGGGCAGCUCUACCUCGCCUGGCAGGCCGGCCUGGACCAGUGCGACCCCGGCUGGCUCGCCGACGGCAGCGCCCGCUACCCCAUCAACGUCCCGCGGAAGAACUGCGGCGGGGACGAGCCCGGGGUGCGGACGGUCUACAACAACCCCAACCGCACCGGCUUCCCCGACACCACGGCCCUGUACGACGCCUACUGCUACCGAGCCCACCAGCCAGCAGGGGUCCAGGCUGCAGAGACGCAGGUUCUGUACCAGGCCCCCGACCCGGCAGCAGAGCCCCUCUCCUCAGUCCCCGAAGCCCAGCGCAGCGACGCUUUUCCCAAGACGUCCGACUGGGCCGGCUUGGUUGACUUGGACAACGCCGGAAUCGACAACUCCUCCGAGAUCUCUGAAGAGCACGUCGUCAUCCACCUCAGGCCAGAGGAGGGCUGGGGGGAAAAACAGGAAGACUCUGAUGGCACGGAGAGCAGCAACACCAUAGGUCUCACUGACCUCGAGAGCCUGGAGAGCCAUGGAGGUUCAGCUCAUGAAGAAGAAGACGGCGGCUAUUUUGGAUCGUCCCCGACAUUAUCAUCCGUAGCCUCUUCCACUCCCCAGUCUCAGACUAGCAACAGUGUGUUGGCUGAGUUUGUUAACACUCUGAUGAAGCCCUUCAGGUACUGGAGAGGAGGCGAGGAGGUGGAGGAGACAGAAAAGGGGCCGUCGGCUGCCGAGGACAAAGCAGGAGAGAACCGGACGCAGGGAGAAGCAUCCAGCAGAAACCUGAGUUUACCAAAACCAAGUGGGGACAAGGGCAGCGUGGACAAUGCCAUCAUGGAGCACAGGAGUGGCAGUUCCUCCUUCAGGACUCCUACCAGCGCACUACAGAAUCCAGAGGAAGGUCUGUCCGAGCAGGAGAAAGAGGUGAUGCCACUGAUUCGAUUAGUGCCUGCAGUCCAGAGCACAGGGCAAAGUGACACCUCCACUCAGCCAGGAGAACGAGCCUCCAGCGCAUCGGCCGACAAUCUUCCAUCCAACGGAUUCGCUGCUUCGGGUCCCAACGAGACAUCCCCACCCGGCGAACAUGUCAACGUAUCCGGUCCUCAGGGUCCCAGACGAGGCCCGGCUUUGGCUCCCGCCCCCAGCAGCCACUUUCGGUGGGCCAUCAAAUCCAUGCGUGGCUCUAAACUAGGCCCCCCUGGGAAUGUGCCCUACGUGGGCAAACGUCCCACUUGGGGGCCCAUGGAAGCCAAAGCGGGGCCGCUCGAGGUGAUGACCCUGCCCACUUCCCUUCGACAAGACAACCCGGAAAACUAUUCAGGCCAGGGGAAGGACCAGGAAGGGGAGGAUGCUAACCCUCCAUCGGCUGCCAGAGCUGCAUCGGGGGAGGAGAAGGAGAUGGAGGGGAGCAGUGACGGGAGCAGCUUUCCUGGCGGGUUUGCAUCGAAAGCCAAAAGCAGUCCUGAAACUAAGUCUUCACUCGGCCAAAGCCAGACUGAGCUCGUGACUGUGGGAGACCUCACCACUCUGUCCCGGUGGCAGCUGGUGCAACAGCUCACCACCCCACCUCGGGGCUCCCAGGAGCCCGACACAGCAGAGGAAGCCAGGGGAGGGAUCCUCUACGUCCGCAGGCCCACUGACGACCUCUCCUCGGCUUCCUCACGGAGAGGAGAAAGCAGCUCAAAUUCAGGUUUCACUUCUCCUUUUACGAAGCACAGCAAAAGCACCAGCAGAAAUGAGGCGGCCACCUCCACACCCGGAGCCCUCACAGAGAUGCUGACAACCUCCGAAGUGACCACAGUGGAGCUUCUGACGACCAGAGACGCUCAGAGGACGGAUCCUACCGCCACAACAACCGCCACAGAAAACUCCUCAGGGAGCACCACCACCGAGGAGUCGUCUAUUUCCAUUUCAUGGCUUCAGGAAGAGCGGGAGAAAACAACGCCCGACCUCUCAGCUACUCCAGCACCCGGCGACGGAUCUCAAACCACCGCGGGUGCCAUCCGGAUGACCACCUUCUCAUCGGGCUCCAACGUCGGCGCCACAGAAAUGGAAUCCAGGUCCGCGGUGUCUGACUCCUUCGUGGUUGGAAGCCGGUGGACUCCUUUCAAAAGCGCGAGCCUGAAGUCGGAGGAACACAAAGCUCCGGCGUCGAAAGACAGCAAAGACCCUUUCGGGAUCCUCGUACCCAACUGGGCCUUCGGGCUCAUCCCAUCAGGGGAGAAUAACCCGUGCCAGACCAACCCCUGUCUCCACGGAGGGAGCUGCCUGCAGGAAGGUGACGGCUAUAGCUGCUACUGUCCUCAGGGCUUCUCUGGAGAGAGCUGCGAGAUCGACAUCGAUGACUGCCAGUCUAAUCCAUGCCAGAACGGAGGAACCUGCAUCGACGAGAUCAACUCCUUUGUGUGUCUUUGUCUGCCCAGCUACGGAGGAGCCAGCUGUGAGAAAGACACUGAGGGCUGCGAGCACAUGUGGAGGAAGUUCCACGGCCACUGCUACAGGUACUUCAGCCGGAGACACACCUGGGAGGACGCCGAGAAGGACUGCAGGGAGCACAGCGGCCACCUGGCCAGCAUCCACAGCCUGGCCGAGCAGAACUUCAUCAGAGGUCUAAGCCAUGACAACACCUGGAUCGGGUUAAACGACCGUACGGUGGAGGACGACUUUCAAUGGACCGACAAGAUGGACCUGCAAUAUGAGAACUGGCGUGAAAACCAGCCAGACAACUUCUUUGCCGGAGGAGAAGACUGCGUGGUUAUGAUCGCUCACGAGAAUGGCAAGUGGAAUGACGUGCCCUGCAACUACAAUCUGCCCUACGUCUGCAAGAAGGGAACAGUGCUUUGCGGAGCCCCGCCCACCGUGGACAAUGCUUUCCUGAUUGGUCGGAAGCGCUCCCACUAUGACAUCCACUCCAUAGCUCGCUACCAGUGCGCUGACGGCUUCCUGCAGCGCCACGUGCCCACUGCUAAGUGUCGCGCCAACGGCAAGUGGGACCGGCCCAAAAUCAUCUGCAUAAAAUCCCGACGAGCCCACCGCUACCGGCGCCACCACCACAAGGGCAGGAGGGAGCGCAGGAAGCACAAGAGGCACGGCCACAGAGGGGGGGGGCGCCACGGAGGAGAGCCGGGCCACAACCACGCCCACGUCUGAACCAAAAGAAAAAUACAAAAAAAAUAACCACUCCCCUUUCUUUCCCGUCUUCUCCUCUGCUGCCGACUGCGGUUUGCCUGUCUCCCUCUUCGUCCCUUCCUCUCGCCCCCGUUUCCCCCGAAACACCACUUCACAUGUUACAGCUCAAAACUCUCUGCCCCCCCCCCCCCCCCCCCUCCCUCCCUGCACUGCCCCGCCCUUAGCUCCGCCCCUGGCUCCCCCCGAGUCAGCCUGUAUCAUAGCGUCAAUGCUGAGGCCUGCUGAAGUGCUGCCAGGCGUCAACCGGGACAACAGCGAGUCCCUUUGUACUCUUUUUACUUUCCUCUCUCUGUUUAACUUGUCUGUCUCCCGCCCGUCCUUCUUAACUCCACCCAGCUACUCGACGACCUGAAACACGGGGCUACGCUGACCUCUUUUUAAAAAAAACACAAAAAAAAAACUUUGAGAGAUCCACGCCGAACAUUCUUCGGAGAGAAGUGGUUUAGUACAAACUACAAAUAGGGACGACGUCACUGAAAAUGGCGCAUCGAAAUCAGACGAGUCAAGGAAGACACCCGUGUUGUUGACUUGAGCCUUUUGUCUGUUGAACACACAUUAUUUUUUACAAACACUCACGUGUUUAUUUUCUUGACUCCGCUGCUUUUGGUUUGCUUUUUUAUAAGACAUUGUACUUUAAGCCACUUAUUCUGAAGCAGAUUUGAUUGAUUCUCUUUGAAUCAGAGGCGGUUGUAAUUGAAUUAUUUGAUUGUUAGCGUUGUAUCUUCUUGUCAUUGUGAGACAGUUACUUUAGAUCAAGAGAAAAAUGUAAAACACACGGCGUCACAGUUUCAUCACAUCACACAUCAGUCAAAGCGUCUCAAACACCCGUCGCUGUCAUCGUGGAGGAUUAAUGGAAUCCUUUGAUGUGGGUUUGUCUCAGCGCAGCGAUCCCUCGUCUGCUUUGCCUUUUUCUUGUAGGUUGUGUCUUUGAUGUUUUGUUCAAUCGCUAAACACGCCCUUUUUAAUAAAUGACAAUACAUCAUAUAAUGAUUGACCUCUCUCAUUAGCAAAGCUGGAAGUAAUGAAUUUGCCGUGGCCACAUUGAGCAACUUGAUUUAACUGACAAAUAACCAACUUUGCUGCUCAUGUCUGAGGACAUUGUUCAUUUUAAAAACAAGCGUAAUCGCACCUAAACGUUGGAUUAUUUUUCACUUUUUCAGACCUCCGGCCUCUUCGUACCCCACAACACUGACGAUGGUUACCUGCUCAAGUAAUUCCACUUUCUGCCCUUAUUCCAAAAAAGACAAUAAGACACUAAACUGUUUACAUGGCUGAUUAAUAUGAAGAUUCAACUAAUAUUCCUGUUUCCAUGCAGCCGUGCUACAAUGUUCGACAAACACAGCCUCCCUUUUUCAUUUAUUCCUUCAACCACCCUUUAUGAAAAGGUUGCACACAUCCUAAAACCUGUUGGUCUCCAAGUCAUUCAGAAUAUUUAGAAGUAAAUCUGUUUUUUUUCCUUCCGAUCACAUAUUUGGGCUUUUCUUUGUUCUCACCGGCCUUGAAAACUGUCGACUAGUCGGUUUGUGUACAACGCACACAGCCGGUCGUAAAUAAAACCCCAAUUGAGACGCAUAUAUUUCGAAUGUGCUGUAUUCAUGUCCAAAGAAUACUGUCUCUGUCUCUUUUUAGUGAAGGACAGGUAGCGUACAUUCACUUCAGUUCAUCACAAACUGCCUGAUGAGAGCGGUGAGAGUGAAUCAAAAUAUUGAAAGGUAGGGUCCGUAGAACCAAAACCAUCAGAUGAAAGAGGCUUGAACGCUCCAUCAAUCUAAACCUACGACGUUUGGUCUUCUGUGGGUAUGUAUCACGACAAGCAUCAUCUUUUACAAAGCAAAUUGUUAUUUGAUCCAUUGUUAACAUAUAAAAGUGUAAAGCAGUCUGUGGAGAGAACCAGCCCUCAAAGGGGCCGUUCACAUGUUGCGUCUAAAGACGUGUGGAAAACGACGGCCGCACCGCUUUCAUCCAUUCAUCCACCUGUAGCUGCGAUGACGAUAAUGAAGUUGCACUAAUUUAUCUCUCGCCUUUCGUGCGUCUCCAUCGACAACAGUGGACCACGUGAACGGGCCCUGAAUCAAAAUGAGUUGGGGAACGGGCCUGAACACUAGCAGCGACUAAUGUCGAUGACCUGUUGGAUCGUGAGUCAAAGCUGUACGCGGGGGUAUGACGACGGCUGUAAGGCUGAAGCUACAGAGGUGUGGAGCUCUCUCGUCUCAGCGUGUUUGUGUGUUCAUGAUUGAGGAUGUUGACAGUGGCUGAGGCCAGCAGAGAUUAAAGCUUCCCAUUUCUGGGGCACACUCUCACACCUGUGCUCGCUCCGGCUGCGUGUCCUGCUUUAAAGAGCGGAUUGAGACGGACAGAACGAGCGGUUUGCUCUCGUUUUCAUUCCCUUUUACUGCCGGGUUAAAGCGGUGUUUGUUUUAAAGCCAGCACUUGAGGUUGGAGCUCUUAGGAUUAUGUCUCAAACGCUGACUCCAGCACUUUUAUCCUUUUCGUUUCCCCCUCUAGUUUCUCACUUUAUCUUCCAUCAGCACCUCUCACUUCAGUGCUUCUCCUUUAUCUUCCUCACUGGACAUUCUUUUCACCGUCACUGUAUUGAAGGACCUCAACUAACCAGCUCUUUUUUGUUUUGUUUCUCAGCAGCCUUUCACGUAUUUUAUAAAAGAAGAACACUAGUACAAUCAGGUUAUUUAAAGUCAUGAGGGAAGAGAAUCCGUCCUGAGCACAUUAAUUCUCUGCCUUUGUUUGUCUCUUCUCACCUUGGCAAUGACAACAGUCCUCCGCACGGUGCAGAAAAGUGAACCUACACCUCUCUAUCAGUUUAAUUAAUCUGCUGCAUGCCUAAUUAACAAGUUGCAUUAUCUGCAGAACGGCGGAGCCGCGAUGACAAGGGAGGGGUUAGGUUGACGCGCAGCCAGGGGAAGGUUUAGGGUGACGGACAGGAGACCCAGAGAGCUGUCAAAGCCGUCAAACCCCUGUCGUAUCUUAGAUCUCGGGCCCCUUCUUCUUCUUCUAUCUGUCCGGGAGAAUGGAUUGAGUGCGGGUGGUUGAAUGAAAGGGCAGACAGACCAGGAGCCCCUCUGUUCAGUAAUUCAAUUCAGAGUUGCUGUCCAGAGACAGUGUAAUUACAGCUGUGUGACAGGAGUUAGAAAACUUUCUAAAAAAUGAUGAAGUGAGGAGAACUGAGAGCACGAGGAGACAAGAUGGCGCGCUCACACCGGCCUCGUCCCAGCGUAGGAGAAAGAACUACAUACUAAUAAAUCAUCUAUGUUGAGGUUAGACAAACAAGCUCUUCUUUCCUGUCCUCUUCGCUCCUGCAGAGGUUUUUAGGGCUACCACAAAAACACAGAUAUUAGUUGUGCGUCUAUCCAUAAUGAGUUGGAUAUGCCUCCGAUAUUAAUUCUGCUCUGUUUUUGAAGUUUGAUUUCCGAGCGGUCCAAAGUAAUAAUGGCCUCCUGGGGUGUGUGUGUGUCAGUGUGUGUGUUGUCUCUGUAAGGGGACAGCUUGCUUUUGGCCCAUCCUCUGGGACGGUAUGUCUUUGCUCUCUCUCUCUCGCUCUCUCUCUCUCUCGCUCUCUCUCUCUCUCUCGCGCUCUUUUUUGAAGGUGCCAAACUUUCUCUAAGCUUCUCUCCGACACUCUCACAAACGGGUUUUAGGAUUGAAUUCAUGCAAAAAACACAUUUUCACACAUUCUUCCUCUGCAAACUUCAGACGCAUUGACCCUCGCCUCUCUUUGCUUUUGACUCCUGCUUUUCAUCUCCUCGGCUCACACAGCUCUCUCUUCCCCUCGUUGGUCUUUUUUCUCUAGUGGAAGCCCUGAGGGCAGGCAGAGAGACAAAGAUGAAGCCUUAUGAUUGUGAGCCUUAAUUGUGAGGAUGAGCGACUUAACAGAGGUUGCUGCCAGCUGUAUCUUGGCUCGGCUGCCCGACGGGAGAGCAGCAGGCAAACCGUUGGACGUCUAUUCUCAGGCUCAGCCACCUCUGCUACUUUGUGUUUUGGAAAAGAUUAUGGUUUGGUCGUAACUACGCUUGUUACGUAACUGCCGUAAAUAAGUAAUUACGAAAGUUAUGUAACAAAAGGACGCUAAAAUAAGUCAAUGGUUUCACACAGGACACAAACAGAGGUCUCCUGGGUGAAAGUCUUGACUCAUCCAACCUCCCCUCUCAUCAGCACCUGUUCUAAAUCAGUCGCUCUGACCGUCUAAUAAUGACGCGGAUGGGUUCACAUUGGGGUUAGUUCAAAAAGCCCGGCGAGUCUCAUAGAGACGCUAAAUGUCGCCUCGGUGCGUCAGUAUCAGACGAUGUCCAAGCGGCGGUAUUUGACGGGUUGGGAGUGAGAACGGGUUGCUAUAUGCACGACAUCAUGCUAAAAGACUGAGGCUAAAGCUACACGACAGUUAGCUGCUUCACCAGGUGAUGGUAAGACAUGGAGAUAAAUAAACUGCAUUGCUCUUAGCCGUAGUAUUGUGAAGUAUAAUAAGGAAUCUGAAUCUUGACUCUUAUUUCAUUCUAACGUGACCCUGUUCAGCUGCUCAGCUUGCAUACAAGUGAGACUGAAGUCAGAUUUUUGCUUUGUUGAUUUAUGUCUUUUAGGAUGAUGACGAUUGUGUUUGGUGAACAUGAACUUAUAAACCUUCUGCUCGAACAGGUUUUGUGUGUGGGAGCAUGCGGAAAGCAAACAGAGAAUCUCUGUUCCCUACAUGCACCGACAGUUGGCGGCUGUCAACCUGGUGCAUUUAAACGCAGCGCUCGUCAGCAAUGACAACCCGAUAAGAGCGGCCGAGGCUGUUGUUCUCAGUUGCACACAGACAGACUAUUGAUUUCACGAUUAGGCCGUCUGUCUUCGGUUCCCAUUAAGUCUGUCGAUGGCAUCGACAGCCCGGUGACCGCUGGAUGUUUUCUCAACGACAUGGAAAAACGGACUGUCAUAGCUCGCCACUGUUUCUGCAUCAUUUGCAUCGUUGUUGUUCUUCUUCUCAUCAGACUUGUUUUUUCCAGCUGUGGACUUCCACAUCAGCUUCUUCACGGUUCAGCGUCUAAUGCACAGGUGCAGCCGCUGGUGUCGAGUUGAGACAAAUGUCUCUGGGCUGCAGUCUGUUGGGAUGGUUGAAUGGAGAGAUGUUACAGUGAGAGGAUUGAGGGAUGAAAGAGACGAACUCGGAGCAGAAAUCGAUGACAAACAUUUCUUCUCCUUUGGGAUGUAAAUACUCUUGAGUUCUUUUUUUCUCUUUUCCUGUUUUUUAAAAAUCCAUUUCGACUCUGGGUGUGUUUUGUUGCUUAGCCUCUCUGGACCGUGUUCAUACAGCCUCAGCGGAUCUAAAACACAUCUCCCUCCUUUCGGUUUCUCCUUUCUGCUCACACACUCCGGUCCACAAACACUCUCUGCGGGAGAGCCAGAAGCGAGGUGAUACUUCAUAUCACUUCUUCAGCUCUGCUCCUCGCACAACACUUCAGUUUGCAGCUGCCUGUGUGUUCAUGUCGACGGUGAACGUAUACAACAACACAACUGCAUCUGAGUCCGUCUGACGGCUGUGUGAAUGUGGUCCACAAGUAUUUAUCCAUAUUUAUUGAUGUGUGCUCUUAUGAAUUCCAGUCCUGUCAUUGUAUUAUAUUCUUUACAUGACAAAUGAUCAUUAAAGGAAACCCUUGUUUGGAUCCGUUA